UUCAAGGUGAGUCAAACACGCACGCCCUCUCCUGGAGGACAACACAGGGAAAGAAAAAAAAAAAGAAAAGUAACCGCUGCUCGGUUUCAGUAAUAUCUGCUUUAUGAACCCACACAAGUGAGAAGGAUGUGUGAGUCUUUGAUUUCCAGGAUGUUUUUUCUCCACUGAGGAGGGCGGGACCUUUAACUUUCCAGCUUUAGCUAGUGCGUGGAAACUGGCGUCAGUACCAACACGGGGACGGACAGACAAAACUCCCUGAGGACAGAAACAUUUUAACAUCGAUUUACCAACGGGAAAAAACAACAACCACUGAACACGGACGGACGUGCACAAGCUUUAAUGAAUCGAUACGAUAACCUGGAUUUGGAGUUGGAGUGUGACGGAGCAGCUAAAAAAUCUGCGUUAUUCGGUGGGAUGUUCAAAAGAUCCUCCGAGUCUGCACAACCACAGGAGACAGGAGGGGUGUUUAGUGGGAUGUUUAAAAAGUCGCCAAAGCCUUUUGGAGCGAGGACACAAUCUCAGGAUGAUUUGUCUGUGGAGAAGAAACUCUCUGCCAGCAGUGAAAGUCUCAUAGACAAGUCUUCAAAGCCUGUGAAGCGGACAAACGCAGAGGUGGAGGAUCCAGCUGCGAGUGGUGGCCAGUCAUCAGGCGACAAACAGGUCAAAAGCAACAUGAUUCAGCACGAGACAAAAAAGGAAAGAAGUGAAACUCCAAUGGUCCCACCCAGACCAACUGAAGAGGUUUGCAAGCAAUUGAACACAACUCAACAGUCGUCUGCAGGCGGCAGUUCAUACCACUGUAUUUAUUUAAUCCUGUUCACACUAUGUUUACUUCAGGCUCAGUCUGAUGAUGAAGGGCUGAAAGAAGAAGAUGAUUCUUCUCCCAAAGAAGGACAGAAAGUCGAGGAGGGCCAGGAAAAAACAGAGACGAAAGUCAAGAAACCACAAGUCAAGAGACACAAUCCCUUCAUGCCUCGGGUCAAGGGCAAAAGCAUACAGAGGAACGCACUGGACGGUGCUGCAGGUAAAACAGCAGAGAAUGAAGGUGGAAAUAGAUCCUUGUUUGACCAGCUGGAGGACUUCAGUCCUGACACAGCACAGACUGAAGACAGACAGGUUGUGGAGGACCUUAUGGAUUGGUGGAACACAGUGGAGUCUUGGGAGGACACGUUUCAAGAGGAUGACAUGACAGAUAAAGAAGAGGCCAAAGCGUUCGCUGUGACGGCAGACAAGGUGCGGAAGGGCAUCCGUGUCUUCAACAAACUGUUUUCGGAGCGCGCCGAGAUUCUCUGGCAGCACGUCAUGGACCUCAAUAGCAUCGCAGACGGCCUGGACAAGUUCAGCAAGAACACAAAGAUUGCUCAAAUCACCGGCGGCUCUACCAGCGCCCUCGGGGGUGUGGCCACCAUCACUGGCCUCGCCCUGGCCCCAUUCACCAUGGGAACCUCUUUGAUUGUGACAGCGGUGGGACUGGGUGUAGCUACAGCUGGCGGGCUGACAUCAGCAGGGGCUGGCAUCUCCAACCAGGUCAAUAACUCAAUGGACCGCAAGAAGGUGGACAAGAUUGUGCAGGACUAUCAGGAGAAGAUGGACGACCUCAACAAGUGCCUGACGUUUGUCAAGCAGGGUAUUGAGAACCUGAGGAGGUUUGACCUGAUCAAAAUGAAAAAGCACGCCUACAACCGUGACUUCCCAGCGCUCAAUUUUAAUUUCUACGAAGACGGCGCCAUGGCAGGAAAGGCGAUCCUCAACAACGCUAAUGAGAUCAUGCGGGUGGUGCAGAUCGCCAAUAUGGCAGGCAGCACAGCCGCCAGAGCGGUCCAGAUCGCCAGUAUGGCCACUGGUGUACUCUCGGGACUCUUUGUAGGCAUGGACAUCUACUUUGUGGCCAAGGACUCUAAAGAACUGAAGAAAGGGGCCAAGUCAGAGUUUGCUGCCAAAAUCAGGGAGGUGGCUUUGCAGCUGCAUGAUGGUCUGGUGGAGCUCAACGGGAUACGUGGGGAGCUGCAGACCACCACACCAGAUACACACACACGCAAUAAUACAGCUGCUUUGGACAGUGACAAGAAAGAGAAAAAUGACAGUUCAAGUGAAGACGAAAUCAACCACAUUAAAAAGAACUAUGAGAACCGAGAAUAUGUUUGACGGAAAAUGUCAAAGGCCUUAAAGGGGCAGGCAUUACCUUCACAUGUUACUCAUAGACAAUAGAGACAGAGCGCAUGGUGUUAUACGCUUUUGGGUUAGGAGCUUAUAAUAAUAUUUAUUUAGGGUUCUUUACAUUGUUGUUAGUGAGUAUCACCACACUGGAGGUUUUAGGCAAGGCGAGGCUAGGCAGCUUUAUUUGUAUUGCACAUUUCAGAAAGCAAUUGAAAGUGCUUUACAUAAAACAUUGUUAGGUAUUUUUCUGUUAUUUGCCAGCAGAUGGAAUUGAUCACCCAAUACAAAUCAAUGGAGAGAAGUGCAGGUGGUUCUCUGUCUCUAUUGCCGAUAAGUAAUAUACUUAUCUAAAGCAAGGUAGUUUUUUGUCACAGCCACAUGCACUUACAUGCACAUACAGCCGGUCUAAGUAUCAAAACAAAGAAUAGAGAAGCUUGUGACUUUAUUCUCUGCUCAGGAGACCAUUACUCCACUAAAUCGUUACAUAUCUAAUAUCUGAUUGCAGCUAUAUUAAUGUGCUGUAUAUUGAGUACAGUCCUUUUAACUGUGCUUUGUUAUUAUGGUUUCAGAAGUGUCAGUUUCUCAGUUCCCCCUUUUAAAAUGUGUCCAAGUGUCACUCCAGCUAACUGCUGCAUUGUUGGCAUCUGAGAGGUGGUUGGUGCUAAUUUCUUGAAAUGGAAAACUACAGUCAUGCCGGUUGUAAAUUAGGGAACUCCACUCUUGAUGAAAUAGAGUAGUUUCUAAGACGUCUGGCCUUUUCUUUUAGGGAUCUGACUUCUUGGAUCUAAACAGCAUUUAAACCACUGGGAGGAACUGAGGCUUUGCAGUAGAUAAAGUAUCACAUCUGCUUCUCUGGUUGUUGUGCCGACGGGUGUAAAAUGGCAUACAAAGAUUGAACUAAAUCAUGUAUUUGAGUAGUACAGUUUUAGAUUAUUGAAAACGAAAUAGGUACAAAGUAUUUUGUAGACUUUACAAUUUAGACUUUAAAAGUAUUGCUUAGAGUCUCAUUAAAGUGUGUUGUUUUGAAUUGAAACACAAGGACUUUUACUGACCAGGUGUAGAGAUUGUGUAUACUCUUAGGGACGACUGCCUUUAUUAUUUACAAUGCCUUAGAAAUACCCUAUGAUAAAAUGCAGCAUUAGUCUGUUUUUCUGUGUCUAUGUUGUUUAUUUUAGUGUCAGGCCUGCAACAAAACCAUUUCUCGCUCAUCCUCUGCUUGAGGUUUUUGAUCUGAUGUGGGAUGUUUUAACUAAGUAAGUAAGUCUUAACUUAAUUAUUUUGGUCUCAUUUUGAGGAACGGUGGUAAUAAGAUUUGUUUUAGAUUGUUUUUACAAAAGAACCAAUAAAGUGACAUAACUAGAAGGGCACUUUGAGAGCAAAAACCUCUGCCAAGACACGCCAGGAACCGAUUUGUCAACGCCAAAAGAAUACAGCAAAAACAAAAGUUUUUGUUUAAAAGUUAAAAAUAAUUUGUGUAUUUGCCCUGUGAUUCAUAUCCUUUCCUAGAUGUAAUGUGUUUGUCCGUGGCCCACGCCACACCUUUCCACCUAGUUUGACAUUAUUCGAGGCAGUAGUAGUCUUUCCAUGAUCCCGCAGACAAACAAACAAACGGACAAACCAAACCGAAAUAGAAAACUAGUGAUUUACUAAACCAGGUGGCAAAGCUUAAUGUAUGUCUUGGCCAUUAAAGACUAAUGUGUAAAACAUUGUUGUUGUUAGUAAACAUCUGCAAUUCAUAGGCUAGAACAUAAUGUUAAAAAAAGGUUUUAGGUAGGCAAGUGAUGCAUUAGACUUUACUGCCAAGAGUUUGUUUUAUUUCCAUGUGCAUACAUGAGAAAUAUACGUUUUAAUCAUGUAUUCAGUCUCAUUGGAUACUGGAAUGGGUUCGGGGUUUAAAAUAAUCUCUUAUUAGACGACUGGAGACGACUGGAAUGACACAGGACUGUAAAGACCAGUCUUGACCAUGUCAACCUGUGCUUUUAUUAUUCCAUUAAUAUUUGAAGGAAUGUUAUUUCAAAGUCAGGGUCUGAUAUGCAGUCUAAUCUCUGAUGAUCUCAACUCUGUGCUCUUUGCAUUGAACUUAAUAUUUAUUUUUCUGGGUGGGGUUGUUAUUCGAUACUAACUUUUUAUGUGCAAUAUAUUGUAGAACUCUGUCAAAAAUGUAAAGUUGAUAAUUAAAGGUGAGAGAAACAU